AUGGAAAAACUUUGGGUCUGCUGUUUGCUAGCUAUAGGCCUGCAGUGGGCAGCCAUCCAGGGCCAGGAUCUAAAUCAGACCGUUGAUCUAGGAAAGCUGGCAAAGGUGAUUUCGCCAAUCGGAAGCAUACAUGGUCGAGUUAUAGGUGGUCAUCUGACCACCAUAGAGAAGCUGGGUGGAUACUUGAUUGCCCUGCGGUACGAUAAUGAAUUUAUAUGUGGCGGGGCUCUGAUCCACGACCUCAUCGUCCUGACGGCAGCUCACUGCUUCAUAGGUCGUGACGAUAUCAAUUGGUGGCUGGCCGAGGGCGGCCUUACAAAGCUGACCGACAAGGGCGAGCGUCGAAAGGUCAAGAAAUACAUCAAGGCCGGUAGCUUUAGACAAGAGGACAUGAACAUGGAUGUGGCGGUGGUGCUGCUCCAAAAACCGAUGACCGGCAAGAAAAUAGGAAAGCUUUCACUCUGCUCAAAGAAUCUCAAGGCAGGAACAAAGCUCACAGUUUCCGGCUGGGGACUAACCGAACUCACACAGGCGAAGCCGGUCAAGGAACUACGAACGGUCACAGUGCCACUUAUCAACAAAAAGAAGUGCCGGAGAGCCUAUCGAACUUCAACCAAUAUAACGGGGAGCAUGUUCUGUGCCUCGGUUUUGGGUAAACAGGAUGCCUGCACUUUUGAUUCCGGAGGUCCUUUGGUCUACGAAAAGGAAGUCUGCGGAAUUGUAUCUUUUGGCAUCGGUUGCGCCAGUAGUCGCUAUCCUGGCGUUUACACGGAUGUUAUCUAUGUGAAGAAGUUUGUUGAGAAGAGCAUGAAAAUUUUAUUAGAUAAAAAAUAA